GUUGUUCUUAAUGAUUGCGGUCUGAAUUUAUAUUUUUUACUACCGGCUUAUCACAUUAAUGUUAUCACGACUGAUCACGAGCGUCCAGUUCCGUUAUUUUUCCAUUAAAUUACGAAAAUCGCUGUGGCUGCGCCCACCUACCGCCAUUGUUGAUUCCAUAUUUAAAAAGUGACAAUUCCAUGUUUGACACGUAUCUUUAAAAUCCUCUUCAAAAUAACACUCAUUCCUCAGUAAAUCGUCCUGAGAUAAUAAGUGAAAAUAAAUAUCAAAGAAUUCGCGUGACAAAAUACCAGGAAAAAGAUGACUAAUGGAAGGAUGACGUGAAGUAGGUUACAAGUAGCAGCGGUGAGGUUGUGUUGGUGUUGCUUGUUGCUGUUCAGUUAGUUAGGACAGAAAAGCACAAGUGAUUAUUCUUUACAAUUGGUCUGGAAUAGGACCGUCACUACCCGUUCACAGUUUGCUUUUGUGACCACCGCCGAAAAUGUCGAAAAAACCGACCACUCAGCCAGCCCUGCACAAGGUCAUCAUGGUGGGCAGCGGAGGCGUCGGCAAGUCGGCCCUAACCCUCCAGUUCAUGUACGACGAGUUCGUCGAGGACUACGAGCCCACCAAGGCGGACUCCUACCGGAAGAAGAUCCUCCUGGACGGCGAAGACGUCCAGAUCGACAUCCUGGACACUGCGGGUCAGGAGGACUACGCCGCGAUCAGAGACAACUACUUCCGCAGCGGCGAAGGCUUCCUGUGCAUCUUCUCCAUCACGGAGGACGAGAGCUUUCAAGCCACGCAAGAGUUCAGGGAGCAAAUCCUGCGGGUGAAAAACGACGAAAACAUUCCCUUUUUGCUAGUCGGGAACAAAAGUGACCUUGAGGACCGGCGAAAAGUCUCGUUUCAAGAGGCCAGCGACAGGGCCAAGCAGUGGGGGGUGCCCUACGUGGAGACUUCGGCCAAGACGCGGGAGCACGUCGACAAGGUUUUCUACGACCUGAUGAGGGAAAUCCGCGCCCGCAAAAUGGAAGAGAACAAGACAAACAAUGGCCGAGGCAAAGACAAAAGUAAAAAGAAGAAAUUAAAAUGCACCAUACUUUAGAGAAUGGCAGAACGUUAUGCUUAAGAAAUAGUCAUAAAUCGUUUUAUAUGACAUGAAAACUUUGUAUGUAAUAUAUGUAUUUGUAUGUUUGUAUUUCAUAUCGAAUUUUAGUUACAUUUCAUAGGGUUAUGGCACUUGUUUAGCCACCAUUGUACCCUCACUUAUAUUUUUUAAUCUACUUUUGUUAUGAUAGUUGUUAAGAGUGUACAUGUUCGUAGUUUUAAGAAAUAAUUUAUUUUCGAACUGUUUAUUAUUGUGUGAAACAACCUAGAUUUUAUUACACAUCAUUUACAUCACCAGUAUUUCUAUGUUUAUUUUUCAGAAGGGUUUUGCACGAUAAUUUCAGUUCUGUUUUGCUUUUAAUCUAAGUUAUCGUAAGAGAAAUACCAUUAUUUAGCAAUAUGUUAUUGGAAUAUUUUCGCUACAAAAUAAUCAGAUCUGUAAAUCUACGAGGGAAGUAUAUUUUCAUACUUUUCACUAAGAAGAUUUCUGUAAAGUGUACUGCCAUCGCAAUAUGUUAUAAUAAAAUUUUACUCACAUUGGA